AUGGCAGAGGAUGAAGGCUCACAGGACACCUUGAGGCUCCAGUUCAGGGCCAUGCAGGAGAUGCAGCACAGAAGGUUACAGAAGCAGAUGGAGAAACGGAAGGAAAAAGAACUUAGCCUCCAAAGCAGAGUUGAUGACCAAAAAGAGCCCCUGGAGAUCUCUGAUGGCCUCAGCGUCCUCCAAGCCGGGGAGCAGAACUCAAAAACCAGCUUUGAACAGAGGAUGCUUGAAGACGAGAUCGAACGGCUUCGGGAUCAACUCAGGGAAACAGUGGAUGAGAACGGGCGAUUGUAUAAGUUGCUGAAGGAGAGGGACUUUGAAAUCAAACACCUCAAAAAGAAAAUAGAAGAGGACAGAUUUGCCUUCACAGGGACGGCUGGUGUGGCUGGGGACGUGACUGCCACCAAGAUCGUUGAGUUGUCCAAAAAGAACCGCGUGCUGAUGGCAGAGUCCGAGGGUGCGAAGACCAGAGCGAGGCAGCUGAGCAACCGCAUCCAGGAGCUGGAGCGAGAGCUGCAGAUGGCCCUGGCCAGGCUGCCAGCCAAGGGGGCCACCGACGCAGGAGCCAAGCUGCCGAAGGCCCAGAUGGGAGACAGAGCCUUGCAGGACAGCCCAGAGGUGAAGGUCUUGCAGGACAGGCUGGCGGCCACAAACCUGAAGAUGAGUGACCUCCGCAACCAGAUCCAGGCUGUGAAGCAGGAGCUCCGGAUGGCCCAGAAGGUGUUAACCAGUGAGGUUGGGGAAGAUGUGAACAUCCAGCAGCUCCUGUCCUCGCCUGGGACGUGGAGGGGUCGGGCUCAACAAAUUCUCGUCUUGCAGAGCAAGGUUCGAGAGCUUGAGAAACAGCUGGGACAGACUCGGAGCCGGUCGGUAGAAACAGCCAGUGAUGAGUUGUCUGUCUAUCCCGAUCCAAGGAAGCUGUCGGCACAGGAGAAAAAUCUGCUGAGGAUCCGCAACCUGGAGAGGGAAAAACAGGAAAGCUGGGAGAAACUUGCAGCAGAGCGGGAUGCCCUCCAGAGAGAGCUCGAAGAGCUGAAAAAGAAGUUUGAGGGCGUGAGGUCCCGGAACAAGGUGCUGUCGAGCGAAGUGAAGACCCUCAGGAGUCAGAUGGGGACCCUCGUGGAGAAGGGCCGGCAUGACGACGAGCUCAUCGACGCUCUCAUGGACCAGCUGAAGCAGCUACAGGAGAUUCUGGGCAGCCUGAGUCUGCAGGAGGAGAAGACGCGAGUGUCCCAGCACCACCUGGACCAGCAGCUCAACAAUGAGGCCCAGCAGAGCAGCAGCCUCGUGGCCCAGCUGCGGGCCACGGUGGCUGAGCGGGAGGCCAAGGUGCGGCAGCUGGAGGUGGAGAUCGGGCAACUCAGUAUGCAGUAUCUUCGGAAUAAAGGAGUAGGCGAGGGGUCCAGUGGGCCCGAGGUCAACCCGGCCUCCACCAAGUUCCCCGAGGACCCAGGCCUGACCAAGUCCCCGGCCUCAGCAGGCGAUCACGCUGGCAGGCUUGGAUCUUCUCGCUCCGUGACCAGCCUGGGCCACACACUGGUGGAAUCUGCUCUCACAUGGCCUUCCCUGCACGGUCCUCACGGGCCCUCACCCAGGUUCUCGGACUCCCCAGAACAAAAAGCCUGGCAGACACAGGUGACAGAGUUCAAAGCCCUGUGGCAGGCCGCUGAGGUGGAGCGUGACCGGCUCACCGAGUUUGUCACCGUUCUGCAGAAACGGGUGGAGGAGAGCAACAGCAAGCUUCUGGAGUCAGAGAGGAAGCUGCAGGAGGAGCGGCACCGCACCGUGGUGCUGGAGCAGCACCUGGAGAAGAUGCGCCUGGAGCCUGGGAGGACGUCAGCUUCUCAGAGAGCAGCCCCCAGGAGCAAAACAGGUGUGCCCACCUCUAACACCAGGCACAACCCAAAGGAGAGUGAGAGGAAGGACCCAUCUUCCGCCCAGAUCUCCAGUGUGCCCGUGGAAUCCCAGAUGGAGGAGCUGACCACCAGGCUGGCCAUCCAGGUGGAGGAGAACGAAAUGCUGAAGGCUGCCCUAGGCAGUGCCCUCCAGGGAAAGGAGGAGGACUUCCAAAUGUACCAUGAGACCCUGGGCCAGGUGAAAGGGGUCUUCCUGCAGGCCCUGCGGCAGCAGAAGGCGGACAAGCACUAG